GCCAAGAGUCCCGGAGGCGGUGGAAGACAUGAGAGUGGUGGAGAUCAAAGUCCGAGGUCUUUACACGUUCGUGAGCAGGAUAGGUUUCUUCCUAUUGCUAACAUAAGCCGUAUUAUGAAACGAGGUCUUCCUGCUAAUGGCAAAAUAGCUAAAGAUGCUAAGGAGAUUGUUCAGGAAUGUGUCUCUGAGUUUAUCAGCUUCAUCACCAGCGAAGCGAGUGAUAAGUGUCAAAGAGAGAAAAGGAAGACCAUUAAUGGAGAUGAUUUGCUUUGGGCAAUGGCCACUUUAGGAUUUGAAGAAUACAUUGAACCCCUCAAGCUUUACCUGAUGAGAUAUAGAGAGAUGGAGGGUGAUACAAAGGGAUCAGCAAAAGGUGGGGAUGCAAAUGCAAAGAAAGAUGGGCAAUCAAGCCAAAAUGGCCAGUUUCCGCAGCUUCCUAACCAAGGCUCUUUCUCACAAGGUCCUUAUGGGAACUCUCAAGCUCAGCAGCAUAUGAUGGUUCCAAUGCCUGGAACAGACUAGUGAUGAGGAUUUUAUUAAACUGUGGCACCAAAAAAGGGUUUUAUCUUUCGUCUGUAUAUUAUUUGUGAGCUGUAAGAGUUUUGCUAUAUUAUAUAUGCAGAACUUGUGACAAUCUCAUUGUUUUUUUUUUCUUUUUUUUUUCCUAUGAAUUUGUUCUGAAUAUGUUAAAGAAAUCAUUUUUAUAUUUGGUUUGUGGAUUA